AUGCCCAACCUAACACGACGCGAGGGGGCCGCGGCCUGCGCCAUGCGGAGCGCCGGGCGAGCCGCGCGGCGCACGGCGGCGGCCGCCUCGCUGGCCGGCCUGCUCCCCACGGCCCUGCAGGGCCUCCCGUGCGCCGCGGGGGCCGAGCGGCCCGGCGGGGUUUUGCUCGGCUCCGACGUGCUGGGGCCGCUCUGCUUCGACGAGGACCUGCAGGGGCCAGACGGCGCCCGGGAGAUGCGCGAGGCGUGCUGUGGGGGCGGGCAGAGUGCCUCGUGCUGGGACGGCUUCUACAGCCCGGAGCGCUGCUGCCGGGGCGGCGACGGCGCCUUCCGCGCCCGGGCGCAGCUCGCCCGCGAGCGGCUGGUGCGGUGCAUGCGGGGCGAGGAGGGGGAGAUAGAGUCCGCGGGGUUCUUCGAGAGGGCGACCCACUACUCCGUCCGGCCGGACCAGAAGCUGGGCCGGGCCGCGUGGUGCACGGCGCGGCGGGCCGACGUGAGCUCGGCGCUCGACCUGUACGCGGGAGAGGGGGGCGGCGUCGAGCUAUUGGCCUCUGGGCUCCGCGGCACUCCAGGGGGCCGGGUGCUGACCUUCGAGUACACAGCCUCGACGGGGAGGUCGGGCAGCUCCUGCGGGCGCGGCUGGAGCCCUACGGCCUGCGGGUGCUGCGGCCGCCGCUGGAGAGGCCCGAGGAGGCCGCCUGCGGGACCGCCGCGGUGA